AUAGGGAGGCAACAAGCAAGGAAUCGAUCAUAGCCAAAGGCCAAACUCCACAGCGGCAGGCAACAAUAUUACUCUUGAACAUUCUGCAACUCUGCUGUUAGCAGAAACAGAUCGCGGUGCUUCGAGUUGUUGAAAUCAAGUUUCUAUAUUCUAAAGCUGCGGCUAUACAUAUACCAUUGAGGCGGUGGCUGAAAUCUUCCAUUGAUGGGUUAGAUGGAUUGAUUGGUUCGCUGCUCUUUUUCGUUCUUGGUUCUUCCACCGAGGAAUUCAACAUGGGUAUUCCUAAAAAGCACAUAAAAUCCAGAGAUGUUGAUGCCACCAGAGAGGCACUAUUUAAUUGUAUUCAGAACAUGGUGGAUCAAAGCGUAAUCUAUUAUGGUGGAUGGAACGGAAUCGGGGCGUCCGUCGUCAUGAGAUCCAUGGCAGAAAAGCUUCCUUUUAGGAGAGACACUCCGAAAUUAUGCUUUGACAGGAUAAUUUUUAUAGAUUGCUUAGAAUGGAAAAGUAGAAGAUCAAUGCAGAGGGCAAUCGCAGAGGAACUGAAACUUGAUCGGUCAACAAUGGCUAUUCUAGAUAAGCAGGAUGAAGAGGAUGAUUUUCAUGGAAUUGAUGAAAAGUCAAGGGCUGAGAUAGUAAGUGUGUCAGGAAAAAUUAAUGAUAUUUUGAGGGAUAGUAGAUUUUUGAUGAUAUUUUGUAAUGGGAGUGAUGCCGAGAUUGAUUUAUAUGGUUCUGGUGUUCCUCCGUUUGGCAAGUUUGCCCACAACAUUUUGAUAUGGACCUCGGGAAGGAGGUUGCUGACCAUAAAAAAUUAUAAAAAGCACGAGCUGGUACACAAGUUGAGGAUCACCCAUGUUUUUGCUUAUGACACUUAUAUUUAUUUAACACCUGAAACUUUCUAUGCACUCUUGUGUAAAGAGGCUGCCAUCAUAGCUGCGGGCAUCGACCCGACAAUGGUCGCAGAUUGUUGUCUGUACAAAUUAUUCCUGCACGCCACCUUUUGCACCACCAGUAAAUAUGAUUGGGCUAGUCAUGCUGCCAAUUGUUGGAUAUGUGACGGGAUACUGCAUGAGGACAUAGAAAGGGAGAUAAGCGAUAUGCUUCAUAGAGAGAUAAGUUUGGAGUGUGAUGCUUCUAUGAUUCCUGGAGUGAUUCGGAUGUUCAAGGAACAUUUGAAGCUUUCAUUCUUGACAGUUAAAGAUGAUCAGAAAUAUAAAGAAGGACCAUACCGUUGGAUUUCAGUCACAUCGAAGGAUACAAAUCUACAUGGUAUAAAAAAUAUUCCUGCACAGACAUCAUCAUUUAUCUUGAAGUUUGACAUAUCUGAACCACCGCUAGCCUUGACAAAUAGUUUAUUUCAACAUUCUAGCAUCCUUGGUGUGCUAAUUCUUUGUUGUUGUGCCUUCAGUUUUGCAUCACCUCCUUUUGUAAAAUGCCAUAGCCUCAAGUUCCUUGGAUUAGACCACUGUACCGAUAACAAUACAAGUGAAAUAAGGGAUCACACUGAGUGGGCAUAUUUGUAUAGGUUGAGGGUGCUAGACCUAUGCUCCACGUAUUGGACUGAAAUCUUAUCUCAAGAAAAGAUUGAUCUCAUGGCCAACAUCAGAGAGCUAAAUAUAGAGGGAUUCAUGUGUUGGCAAUACACAACCUGCUUACAAGGGCGACUACCUAACCUAGAGAGGCUCCGGAUAAUCAAACCAACAUGUGAACCCAAUAUUUCCACAGAUUCGAGCAACUCCUUCCUCGGCAAGACAAAGCUAGAGAUACUUGAUUUGUCAUGCAAUAGUGAUAUGGAAAUUCUACCAAGCAGCCUAACAGAAGUGAGUAGCCUUCAGGUGCUUGUCCUGGAUGGUUGCACUAAGCUUCAAGAUAUUGUGCCUGAUGUGCUCCCUCGCUUGCUAAGGUCAUUUAGACUUGAUGGUUAUGUCCCACCAACUCGACAUAAACCAGCUGUUGAUCAACCUAUGGAAGAAAUCAGCCCAUAUAAGGAAUCAGAUGAGGAAGGUGCCAACAAUAUCUAUAAGAUCUCCCUAAAAGGUUGCACACAAUUGGAUAAUCUGUUCUUGCGCGGGUUAUUAAAUCUUGUCGAGUUAGACCUGUCAGGAAGUGCAAUUAAAGUUCUUGACUUUGAAACCAUGGUGGUUGAAGUCCCAAGUAUCAAACGACUAUUUCUGCUAGGAUGUGAGCACCUUCGUGCAAUACGAUGGGGUGGUGUUGGCACACAAGCUGACCUAGAGUUGUUGUGCAUAGACACGCGAGCUGGAACUGUUCGUCCUUGGCCAUCACUUAGUCAGAAUAAACCCUUCAAGUUGCAGGUGCAUGCUGUUGUUGAGGAUGCAAGGCUUGUUUGGUCCUUAUGCCCCCCAAUAUCAAAGGAAAGCCGGGCCAGUAGCAUUAAGGAUGUUUAUUUUGAUAUCCAUGUCACGUCAUCACCUGUGUACAAGACAUCUGUUCAACUCAAAGCAGUCUGUGAGGAGAAGACCGUCAUGUACAGUGAUCAAGUGUGCUCUGUUCCAGCAAGCAAAUACAUUGAUGUCCUUAGCAUGGUCAGAGAUGCCCACAUGCAGGCGUUUCCGGAGCCACCUACUACCAACCUGGACCGACAUAUCGAGAUUGCUCAAGGAAGUUGUGGCUUGGAGAGCGCACUGGAUGGAGAUGAUGGAGAUGAUGGAGAUUCUCAACCACAUAACUUAGCUUAUAUAAUGAAAUUGUUUGCGGAAUCCCUACAUGUGCACAAUGUGUCGGCUAGACACGGUAUUAUUAUACCUGUGGGAAAAUUGGAAGUGCUCAAGCAAUGCCGCGUGGAGAGCUGCCCCAAUUUGUAUACAGUGUUCCCGUCACGGUCGGAUGGAUUUUAUAAACUGGAAACCUUCUGGGCACUGGAUCUCCCGAUGGCCCGCCAGAUUUUGGGUAGAGGUUACCGCCUUGAAAAUAUUAUCCAAAAAAACUUAUUAUUCGAAUUAUGGUUUGGACAAGCACUACCCAGGCAAAUUAGUUCCUUCCAAAAUCUGCGGUACCUACACCUAAGCUCCUGCCCCAGGCUUCAGUUCGUGUUCCCCGUGUGGUUCUCUUCCUUACCCAGCUUGGAGACCCUCCACAUCCGCCACUGCGGUGUGCUCAAGCACAUCUUUGUGCUGGACGGAGAGUACCCCCUGGAAAUAGUCACCAAAGGUGUAGCGUUCCCAAAGCUAACCGCUAUCCACCUGCACGAUCUCGCCACACUGCGACAAAUAUGCGAGGUGAAUAUGGUGGCGCCCAUACUCGAGAGCAUCAAGAUCAGAGGAUGCUUUGGCCUGCGCCGGCUGCCGGUCGUGGAGGCCCGUGGUCCAGGAGUGAAGAAGCUGACCGUCGAGAUCGAGAACGAUGUGUGGGACGCGCUGGAGUGGGACGGCGCCGAGGCCGGCCACCACCCAAGCCACUUCGAGCCACCGGUUCACUCGCGCCACUACAAGAAGAAACUGCCCAGGACAUCCGUCCUCAGGUGAUUCCUACACUGCACUUUACCGGGAUGUGUAAAUGUGUUUCUUUCAUGGGGACUAGCUUGCUGAUUUGGAGUGAUGGAUGCUAUCCUGCCAUCCUGCGGCUGUGUGCCUUGGUUUGAUCGUGUGCUUUGAAGGAGAAUUUCAGGUGUGAUGGCCAUCUAUCAAUUGAUGGGUGGCCCUUAACUACUAUCAUGUGUUGUUGUGUCAGGUGUGAGCUUAUGGUGGCUCUAACCUCAUGUGUGGCUUUCAAAUAACAGGCGGUCCGGUUCGUGCCUGUGUGCGCUAGCCUGACCGAGAUAUGUGUGGUUUGAGAUUGAGAGUGUUUGAUGUGUGUGUGCCUGCGUUCAACUUAACGAUGCAAGGGGGAUGGGACUGCCGCCAAUCCCACCUCCCCUCCCGCCAGGAGAGCCGGUCUACUCCAUCUGUGGGAUCCCGCUCUACCCCAGCGGGAUUAGCUACUUAUGUGAGUGUCUGGUGUGUAUCUGAACUACUUAUGUGAGUGUCUGGUGUGUAUCUGAACUAAGAAGCAGUUUGAUUGCGUGCAUCAAACUUUGGUGCAUGCAUGUUUGAUGUGGUUUUGAAAUAUGCAAAAGCUAUAUAUGUGUGCCGGCUGUUGCAUUUAGCUGCCCGUUUGUGUGACACCGAUGAUGCAUCUAUUUCUAGUUUCUGGUUGCUAAUUUAAGUAGAGUCGGUACCUGUACAACCAGAUCGUGCG